AAGUGAAGCCGGAAAUAAUCUUACUAGCUAAACAUUAUCGAUGAGUCCGUCUUCUCCGUUUCCUCCUGGCUGCUGCUUUUCGCUGAGCUACAUCGGCCAAGCCAAGCGGUUACUGUAACUACAUGCCAGAUGAUGCACUGAGGGUGGUUUUUAAUAAAGACCACCCGCUAUGCAGUGCUGGUGCUCGAUGCACGGCUUGUAGGUAUCUUUUUGGCAGGAGUAACUGAGUCUAGAUAACAGGAAGCUGAGCAAAAGAGAACUGAGAGAGCAGACAGACAGGAGGCCACGGUUCCCCCUCACACACAUACAUACAUCACCUCGGCCUUGAUGGUGAUGUAUGCAAGGAAACCAACAAGAGUCAGCGAUGGGUGUACCGACAGAAGGGAUUCACAAUCCUAUCAGACCCAUAAAUCUCAACCAAAGAGCCAGUCCAGCAGCCUUCACCGUUAUGACAAGGUGCGCGAUGGCUCAUCUGAUCCCACACCCCCUUACAAGAUGCUGCGGCGCUCAGAUGAAAGUCCUGUCAGCAGACAUGGAGACGGCACUGGACAUGGCAAGACAAAAACCUCUCACACAGUUAGAGGAAAAAAUGGGACCAGCAGCUCUCCUCUGGAAAACUCUCUCAACAGCAGCACCCACCAUGGCUCAGACUCACAUGCGACUCAGAGCAAGCCCGCAGACAAGCACCAGGACCCAGCAGAUGACUGGACAGAACACAUCAGCUCCUCUGGGAAGAAGUACUACUACAACUGUAGGACUGAGGUCUCCCAGUGGGAGAAGCCCAAGGACCUGUUGGAGAGGGAACAACGACAGAAAGACUCACUUAAGAUGGCGGCAAACAGUUUCCCCAGGGACAUGGACUACAGACAAGAGGCCUUGCAGGACAAAGCCACAACAAAGACCACAUCAGGGGACCAAUCCACAGCAUCCAACUCCGGCCAUUCCUCCUCUUCCUCUUCUUCUCAGAGCCUGAACUCUGCUCCCGGUGCUUUAGGUUCCACCCCUUCCACUUUGUCCUCCUCCUCCUCCACUUCCUCCUCUUCCUCCUCCUCCUCUUCCGUUCCCCAGUCUGUCCAGUCCCCCUCACCGGCGCUGCUGCAAGACCCGGCCCUCCUGCAUCAGCUCCUCCCAGCGCUACAGGCUACUCUGCAGAUGAACAACGGCAGUAUGGAUAUGGCAAAGCUCAAUGAGGUCUUGGCAGCUGCUGUCACCCAAGCUUCCUUGCGGUCUGUGCUUCAUAAGCUCCUCACUGCUGGACCUGCUUUCAACGUCACUGCUCUGCUCUCAGCUGCUCAGCACUCCAACCAAGCCCAGCACUCCAGUCAGUCGCCUGUCUCUCUGACUUCGGAUGCAUCAUCACCGCGGCCAUACGUCUCACCACGGAAUGGCACACCGCAGGGCAACCAGAAAUCCCUCUUGGGUGUGCACGCUGUCAACGUCACACCCUCACAAGUAAGGGGCAGCAUGUCUUCAGGUAAACAAGGAUCAGUCCCGCUGUCUCAGACGGCAGAGAAACGUCCAGAGGACCCCAGAACUCUCCAGCAGAGAAGCCAGGAGAUUCUGUGCGUGGGAUCAAACACAUCUGGUGCUGCGCUGCCCCAUGUCCCCUCCAGCAGCACCAGCCAAACCCAGGCCGACACCCCCGCUUCCUUCACCCCUACUCUGGCAGCUCAUUUUGAUGAGAACCUCAUCAGACAUAUCCAAGGAUGGCCUUCAGAGAAUGUUGAGAAACAGGCGGCUCGAUUGCGUGAAGACGUCCACAACAUGGGUAGCUUGUACAUGUCCGAGAUCUGCACAGAGAUGAAAAAUCUCCGCUCGCUGGUCAGAGUAUGUGAAAUUCAGGCCACACUGAGGGAACAGAGAAUCCUGUUUCUGAGGCAGCAGAGCAAAGAGUUGGACAAGCUGAAGAACCAGAACUCCUAUAUGGUGUGAGAAGCUGACUAGAGAAGAAAUGACUUGGAUUGAUAGAUUCUGAAUUUCCCCACUGUGGGACUGAUAAAGGUUUAUCUUAAUGAUUAAAAGAAAGAGGAACUGACAUGGACAGCAAGCUGCCACAGCCUGAUUAUUCUCCUUACUAGAGCGGCUGAGUAAAGCUGUUAGAAGACAAAGGAGACAGCGACUGGUAAAGUGAAGCUCCAUCAUUCCUGAACAUGUCUUUUUUUUUUUCUUUCUUUUUUAUUAAAAAAAUGUUUUUCGGGUGUCCACCACACAAAACGCUCUCUCAGAAUGGUGAAACUGUCGGUUCACCGAGUGGGACACUUUAAGCAGUGGACAUAGAGGACCUGAGGCUCUUUUCAAACAGCACCUUUUCGGACUGUGAACCUUGGAUUGUGUGUAUUGUAUUGGCUUAACUUGUUUUCUGGUGUGUUUUUGAUGUGUAGUGGUCAGGAAAAGAUACAAUUCAUUCUUGGGAUGAAUCAACUAAAACAAUCAUCUCAUAAUAAUUGGUGUGACACAGUUCAGGGGUAGGGGGUUAAACAAACUCCCACUCCCCAGCCUUCUGAAAUGGACUCCAUCAUGCAUCGAAAUGUACGGAUUGAGUGGCAGUGAUGUUACUAAUGUUAUUUUUUAUUCACAAUACUUGUCAGUGGUUUUGCCAUCCCAGUGUGUCUUCGAGCGGGUUGGCUUUACAUGUGCCGAGAUUAGCGAAGACCUUUGGCGAAACCCUUCUGGAAAUACUUAAAUGUGCUUCAGUUAUUUUGUCCCAGUUGAUGGGAAUCUGUUAUGGUUCAAGUGGUACAGAUUCACAGGGAAGUUCUGGCUAGUUAUGUCAAGCACACUCCUGAUGUUUCAAAGCCAUUUGGGAAAAAAAAGAAAAAGCCGUCAUUAUUGGACCUAGGUUGACUGCUAGUGCAUUUGAGGUUAUAUUCAUUAUUUUUAGCCCUGCUGGCCAUUUUGUUAUCCCUUCUGCUAUAUAUAUUUUUUUUUUUUUUGGUAUAAUUGUCAACAUUUUGUUUCUCUCCCAAGUCACAUUGGGGAAAUAUUUCAUUCCUUUUGUGCAGUUUAGCAAGAGAGAAAAUAAAAGUGACUCAAUUUGUAGUCAUGUAAAGCUAAAUUAUUGUUGUAUGUGAUUAAUAUGUCCUUGUAGUCAUAAUGAAAAUGAUCAAUGGAAAGACAAUUUAUUUUUUCAAGAAGGAAACCCAUGUUUUGUUUCAUCAGCCCUUUUACUAACUGACUCUAGCCAGAUUUGGCUUCUUUUUUUUUUUUUCUUUAUUUUAAAGAGUUCAUCCAUGAUGCUUUUUAUAUGAACAUCCCAUCAAACUGCAGUCAUACACUUCAACACCCAUGAAGCAACUCUGUCUGUCAGCUGUUCUUUUCCGUGUCCUUGAACAGCUUCCACCACAUCUGAUGUGCACACUUUUUGGGGGGGCAGGGUUGGGUUGUGGGCUUUGUAUUCCAUAAAAUAUGAGAAUAAAAUAUCAUACCACA